AUGCCGAUGAAACUCGACGGAAGCUGCCAAUGUGGCGGUAUUGAAUUCACUCUCCAGUCUCAAACUCCUGUGCCAUUCCAACUUUGUGGAUGCGGCAUCUGCCGCAAAAUAGGCGGCUACACAGGAGCCGUCAACCUAGGUGGCAUCAGCGAAAGCCUGCAAAUACUGAAAGGCAAAGAUCUAAUCAAAAAAUACACUGCGAUCAAAGAUCGAGGAACCCCGGAUGAAAAGCUAUGCUCGUCCGAGCGGAGUUUCUGCUCUAACUGCAGUUCUAUGUUAUGGGUUUGGGAUCAUCACUGGCCAGAACUGAUUCACCCUUUUGCAUCGGCUAUUGAUACUGAGCUGCCUGUGCCUGAGGAGAUGGUCUGUAUCAUGAACGGGUCGAAGCCUGCGUGGGCGCGAUGGCCUGAAGGGAAGAAGAGCGUGCAUGAGCUUUAUUCCAAUGUUAGCAGUAUAGAGGAGUGGCACAGGUUACGUGGACUCUUUAUUGAGUGA